AUGGUUGGGCAAACGAGGAAUAAGCUCAGAGAAGCGGCUUCGGCGCCGAUGCACUCUCCCCGCUCUGUGCAGUCUAGACGGCGGCGCCGGGCCACCGGAGCCGCCGGGGAGCCGGAGUUGGGGGAGGAGCGGCAAGCGGAGUUGGAAACGCCGGAGCUGCUUUUGCCUCUAGGCGGCGGGAACCUGCCAGGGGGCGCCCGGCGGUGCUCGCCGCGCAGGACCCGACACCCGAGGGUUCAGAAUUGCGCGCAAAUGGAAGUGGUCUCAAGGGCGCUUUUUCUCGGCCGCUUCCAGUUCCUCAACUGUUUCCUGGAGCUGCUCCGCAACAAGGCGCACCUGUUGCGGAGACGUCCGUUCCUGGGCAGGACCAUCUAUGGCAUAGCUGCCUUUGUGGGAAUUUUGCACUGGAUACAUUUAGUAACACUUUUUGAAAAUGAGCGUCAUUUUUCUCACCUCUCAUCUUUGGAACGGGAAAUGACUUUUCGCACUGAAAUGGGACUUUAUUACUCCUACUUCAAGACCAUUAUUGAAGCACCUUCAUUUUUGGAAGGAUUGUGGAUGAUUAUGAAUGACAGGCUUACUGAAUAUCCUCUUGUAAUUAAUACAGUGAAACGUUUCCAUCUUUAUCCAGAGGUGAUAAUAGCCUUCUGGUAUCGCACAAUUGUGGGACUGAUGAAUUUCAUUGGGCUAGAAACUAAGACCUGCUGGAAUGUUACCAGAAUAGGACCUGUAAAUGAAGUUCAAAGCUGUGAAGGAUUUGGAGACCCUGCUUACUUUUAUGUUGAUGUGAUUUUUAUUUUAAAUGGACUAAUGAUGGGAUUGUUCUUCAUAUAUGGUGCAUACCUGAGUGGGUCUCAACUUGGAGGUCUAAUUACAGUGUUGUGCUACUUUUUCAACCAUGGAGAGGCUACUCGUGUGAUGUGGACACCACCUCUCCGGGAAAGUUUUUCUUAUCCGUUUCUUGUACUUCAAAUGUACAUUUUAACUUUGAUUCUCAGGACCUCGAACAGUAGUAGAAGGCAUUUCAUUGCACUCUGUCUUUCCAAUGUUGCUUUUAUGCUUCCCUGGCAAUUUGCUCAGUUUAUACUUUUUACACAGAUAGCCUCAUUAUUUCCCAUGUUUGUUGUUGGGUAUAUUGAGCCAAACAAAUUUCAGAAGAUCAUUUCUAUGAACAUGAUUUCAGUUCUCCUUUGUUUUGUGUUGAUGUUUGGAAAUCCAAUGUAUUUAUCUUCUUAUUAUUCUUCGUCUUUGUUAAUGACAUGGAUGAUAAUGAUAAAGAGAAACAAAAUUCAAAGAUUGGGAGUGUCUGAACUCAACUUUUGGCUAAUUCAAGGUUGUGCUUGGUUUUGUGGAACACUCAUUUUGAAAUUUCUGACAUCUAAAAUCUUAGGUGUUUCAGACCAUAUUCUCCUGAGUGACCUUAUCGCAGCCAGAAUCUUAAGGUAUACAGAUUUCCAUACCUUAAUUUACACCUGUGCUCCUGAGUUUGACUUCAUGGAAAAAGCGACUCCACUGAGAUACACAAAGACAUUAUUGCUUCCAGUUGUUAUGGUGAUUACUUAUUUUAUCUUUAAAAAGGCUUUUCGUGAUAUUUUAUGUGUCUUAUCUGCAAACACUUGUCUAAGAAAACAGCUCCUUGAACAUGGUGAGCUGAUUUUUCACACAUUGCAGUUGUUAGCAUUUACUGCUCUUGCCAUUUUAAUUAUGAGGCUGAAGCUGUUUUUGACACCUCACAUGUGUGUUAUGGCUUCCUUGAUCUGCUCUCGAUGGCUCUUUGGCUGGCUUUUUUGCAGAGUUCGUUUUGAGAAUCUUAUCUUUGGCAUUCUAACAGUGAUGUCAAUACAAGGUUGUAUAAACCUGCGUAAUCAAUGGAGCAUAAUAGGAGAAUUUAAUAAUUUGCCUCAGGAAGAACUGAUACAGUGGAUCAAAUACAAUACCAGACCAGAUGCUGUUUUCGCAGGUGCCAUGCCUAUAAUGGCCAGUGUCAAGCUCUCUACUCUUCACCCCAUUGUGAAUCACCCGCAUUACGAGGAUGCAGACUUGAGGGCUCGUACAAAAGUAGUUUAUUCUACAUAUAGUCGAAAAUCUGCAAAAGAAGUGAGAGAUAAAUUGUUGGAGUUACAUGUGAAUUAUUACGUUUUAGAAGAGGCGUGGUGCAUUGUGAGAACUAAGCCUGGUUGCAGUAUGCUUGAAAUUUGGGAUGUGGAAGACCCUUCCAACGCAGCUAACCCUCCCUUAUGUAGCAUCUUGCUCAAGGAUGCAAGACCUUACUUCACCACAGUGUUUCAGAAUAGUAUGUACAGAGUAUUAAAGGUCAACUUAGAAUGA